AUGGAGGAAAGUUAUGGGAGUGACAGCAGUAAGUAUUCAAGCAGACAUCAAGAACUUGAUGCUGAAACUGGAAGCAGUAGGCAUUCAAGUGGGGAGAGUGGAGGCAGUAAAUAUUCUGUUACUUAUAAUCCUGAGAUUCAUAAGGGAUGGGGAAACAAUAAUAAUUUUGAAAUACACCCAGUGGUAUUUGAUGAAAGUGAAAGUAGUAAACGAUCAGAAGUAAUUCAAGAGGAAAUGGAUGGGAUUGAGGGUGAAAAGAUGAGGUUGUCAAUGUCAUCCUCAUCUUCAUCUGGUUCAUCUGCAGAUGAUCAGUUUCAAGAGGAUAUAAAACCAUCAAAGUCCAGAUCAGUUAUAACUUCCACUUCCUCCUCUAAACCUGAUGAGGGUACUCAACAAUCUUUUAAAGAUAAACAUCAAGUUUCCUGUAACAACAACUCUUCCACAUUAGAAGAAUGUCAAAAUGGUUUUGCAGGUUCAACAUCUAAAUCCCAAGUUUCUAGUGUCACGCAUGAAUCAACAUCGACACAAUCCCCUCCAAUCCAAGUAAUGGACCGACUAGGAGAAUUCGAUCCUUAUAGGAUUCCCUCCGCUGUCUUUGCAAGAAGUAAAGUAACAACACCGAUGGAUUGGAGUAUUGCUUCUAAUGAGUCAUUAUUCAGCAUUCAAGUAGGGAACAAUAGUUUCUCAAGAGAUCAUUUUCCAAAACUAAAAUCUGGAGAACUUUUCAAGUCAGGCGAGUUUAUGGGGUUAAGUCCAUCCCCUGUUGCUCUGGCUGUGGACGCUAACAAAAAGUUUGUUAAUAUAGACAAGAGAGAGGCAACUGUGGUAUCAGAUGAUGCAGUCAAGGAUAAAACAGGUACGACUACUGAAGAACCAAUUGAGGAGAAACCAACACACCCUGUGGUAUCCUGGAAUUCAUCCACCAUUUCUAAUCAUUCUGAUGAUAGUGGAACCAGUGGACGCUCCUUUGCCUUUCCAGUAAGAAAGAAAAAGAACAAGAAGAAGAAGAAAAAGCAGAAGAAAUGUGCAUGGUCAUCAUGCUACUGUUCUGAUUUUCGGAAGAUGGAAGAAAUGUUUCUAAGAAAGACAAAGCAGAGCAGCAGCAACAACAAGAACAGCCCUUGGCCUCUGCAGUACCCUCAAAAUCAGCUUGCUGUAACUGUAGGUCAUGUUUUCCUUCCUGUCGAUGGCAAUGGCAUUGGCAUCGUUGUUGUUGCUGCUGUUGUUGUUGUAAUUGUUGUCGAAGAAACUGCUGUUGAAGAACUCUCAAGCCGAACUCUCCCUGCCAAAAAAGCAAUCACCAUGACUUCUGCUUAA